AUGGCGACACCAAGCGGUUCGUCGUGGCUUGACAAAGUAAUGGAAAAGGGCUCGAAUCUACACCAGGCCAGGAAGGAAUACAUAAUGGAGGCUUUGCAGCUCGAGCCAAAAUUGUCGAAGCACGAUACCGAGAGACAAGAGACAUCAGAUGAUGGUGAGGACUCUGAAACCACCAAAGUCGCUGAUAGAUCGAAGAGCGACCUCGACUCGGACACCCCACCUACAAGGUCAAGCGCCCCAAGUUCUUCUCAUGCCCUCGAUCACCGUCCACUGCCACCGCCGUCUUCGCCUCGUGGCACCAAGAGGGAUCUCGACGACGAACCGGGCAUGGCCUAUUCGAAGGAGAAGCACAUGAAGAGAUUGUCUUCGCUGUGUGAAUGGGUUCCUAGCAAGAGAUUGAUGGAGACGGUGGAAAAGAUCUACCCCGAGCCCGGCCCAUCGGAGACAGGCCUUACAGAUCCUCGGAUAUGUGUGUAUUUCCAACACUACCGCUGGAUCUUCUUAAAUGACUAUCUCUUCAUCGGACGCUGGAACAUUUGCUACAUACCGCAGGACGUGUGGUACAAGCGUAGCACAAUCAACGGGGUCCUUGAGGGUAGGUUCUACCUUGAUUCAGGCGACGACGCAGAACCCAGGGUCUUGGACCCGCUGCGUCUGGACAAAUAUUUCGAAUGCGUCCAACACCUGCUGGAACCAUCGUCUUUCGAAAGCAGAGUUCCCUUCGAGCUCUAUCUCCAAAACCUCUGGUGCUUGGUUCGCGCAUUCCCUUGCACGCAUGCAAAGCAGGGUCGGCUUCCUGGAGAGAUCUUCAGACGGCCCGGUCCGUGGAAGUUCCCCAUGUGGGCACUUGAGCAUUUCUUGGAUCUCCCUGACUAUGCCCAGACCGUUGAUCAAAGGGCUCUCACAUUAUAUCUCGGAGAUAUAACCCAAGAUGUGGCAAGAAAGGUUGGAUUUCGUCUCCGCCGCGCUCCCUUGACAGCGCCAGCUGUCGUCGAUGCCAGGCAUACUGAGAAGCCAUGGGUGACCAGAUACUUCGAGGAGAUGUCAACAACGGAGAGAGCCGAAAUAUAUCGGGAGAAUACCACCAUGACCGGCCAUCAGACACGCGACCGUGAACACAACAAAUUCUGGUCCAAGAUCACCGAGUUCCCCUACUUAGAGUUGAAGGCCGAAAACAUGAUCCUACCAUUGCCGAUUGGAACCUCAGAACCCCAUGCAGUUGGCAUGGAAGAAGACGAUAGGCAUAGAUACGUUGGACAUUGGUCCUCAGAACCUUAA